GACGGCGCGCUUGUUCGUGAAUACGACCAACCCAUUUUGACAGCAGCAUGACGACAUCCGCAACCGCCACUGCCGCAGCCUCGGCACAGAUCUUUCGUUCGUUGUCAUCGGAGAGCCAGAAAAAUGAUUGGUCCAAGCGCUUGUCGUUGCGCGGUAUGCGGCGCGGUGGCAGUGCUGGCAGCAGCAACAUCAGCAAAGAGGAACCGAAGCUCAAGCACAAAUUCUUUAAUCGCUCUUCCUCGUUGAAGCAUGCCAGUGCUUCAAAGGCCACAAUGGAACUUCAAACGCCAUCACAACAAACAUCACACCAACAAUUGUCACAACAGAACUCAGCUGCGACGCCGAAAAAGUCAAACUGGGAGGUAAUCGAACAUUUCAAUACGAGCAGCACCAAAGGCGGCAAGGCGGUUGUGAGCAGCAGCCUAAUAGCGGCCGGCAUAACGCGCUGCAACAUAGACGAAUCGAUCGAUUCCACCAACUCUAGCUCCACGUGCCCCAGUCCCAUGGUGUAUCAGCGCGAUGAAGCGCAUUUACUGCAACAAAAUUCUGAAUCGAUGGAUGGACGCAACAUGGAGGUGGGCAGCAAUGCAAAUGGCACCGGUGGCGGCGUGGGCGGCCUAAGUCCGACGAUUUCAUUUUGGUUUCGUUUGAAUCGUGUUAUCCUACGCCUUUGUACAACACAUCAAUUUAAAAAUCUACAGGUGGAAAUGCUUUAUCAGCGCUACUUUCUGCGCAUGAAUCAGAGCAACACGACACACAUUCUGGCGUUGCUGCUGGCGUUGAUUGUGGCUUUGUCGAGUGCGCAAAUCGCCUUUACCACACUGCAGCUGCGUCGCAGCACGACGGGAACAAUUUUCGCCACAACGAACGACACGCGCAAUAAUGCGGCUAACAGCAUGAGCGACGAUGAUGGCAGCCACACUGUUGCUGGUGGCGGUGGCGUUGGUGGUGUUGUUAUCGGCGCGAGUAAUGGCAGCGCAACGGUGGCAACCUCAAUUUUAACAUUAACGGAAAUGGGCAAUCACCAGGCGCAACUCUUAAGCCGACAGUUGGCCCCGACUGCCACUACGCUGAGCGGGUCCUCAACGCUGCCGCUGUUCGGGCAUGUAAUUGUUGGUGAUGUUGCUGACGACUUAGGCACGACGGUGGAAAUUAGCGCACAACAAUUUGUGGCAAGUGCGGCAUUCAAGCAAACUCCAACAUUGCCACCAACAUUAUCAUCGGUUACAUUGCCGUCGUUACGCCCAGCCACCACCAUUGCACCGCCUAUAACCACGAAAUCAUCAACUUACCUACCCUAUGCGGCGCAAGACUGGCGUGAUCCGCAAAUUUUCAUCGCACCCUUGCCUCUCAGCGAACGCGUUGCUUAUGCAAUCGACCGACGAAGCAGCUCGAAGUGGUGGCUGCAAGCGCCAGCGGCUUUUAAGCGCCUUAAGCGUAAAUACCAUCAGCACAGCCCUUGGCCGAAGUUGCAUCGCUUCAAGCGUUCCAGAUUGAAAUCAUCACAUUACGACAACAACCUGCAAGCAGAGCAUAAGGCAGCGGCAAGUGUGGAGUUGGAACCUCGACGACCGAAAAGGAGGCGAGUGCGAAUUAUGCGACGCAAACGAAAUCAUGACAGCGCUCUGCGAAUGCCAUGGAAUGUGCGAAGUUUUGCGCGGAAACAGGAUCCAUCAAUGCCCGAAUAUACUAGAUAUACGAGCCGAUUAGCUGUGCCCAUGAAAUACGACCAACAAUUGGCAGCAGGACCUAGUAUAAGUGAAGCGACAGCGGAAGUCACAACAAAUAUUGGUGAGGAUUCACUUGACACUGGAAAAAAUAAUGAAAAGAUUUAUAUAAACAAUAAUAACAACAACAAUUACAAACAACAUAUGGCACGUACAGUUGAUGAAGUGGACUAUAACGUGCGCAGCAAUGGAAAUGUGACAACGACGAUGACGACCGGGCACCACGACACCAUAAAUGAGCACACGCUGUACAAUGCAACCAACACAAUUGUGGCGGCGACAGCGACAGCAGAUGGGUCUAUACCAGAAAAUGAUGGCGGUGGCAAGCGUAUGGCAAAUCUGUUGGCUACGAAAGCUUCAUUAGAGCAACAGCAGCAAGUCGAGCCGUUGGCAAUGCCCGGUGAUGUGGAAGAAAUCACAGCUGCGUCCGGAAACGGCGCUUACCCCGACUUGCGUCUGCUGCUCGAAGCGCUGUCAGCAAUUGAUGAACGUGUACUGGUCUUUCUUGUGGUGAUGACAAUUUGUGUGCUGGUCUAUGCAUCACUAUUGUGCAUACUCUCGAAACCGGCAAUGAAUGAGAUCUUCCUGGUGCUGGUGUCUUACGUAAUUGUAGGCACAUUUGUUGGCAUCGAAAUCGCCGUGGGCUAUGCGACGUUGCCAAGCAAGUCAUACAAUGGUAGUUCCUGUUGUGUUGUCUUCAUCUACAUGACAUACACAAUGUUGCCGCUGCGUCUGCGUGAAGCCCUCAUUGGCGGCAUCGUGUUGUCGUGCAUGCACAUCUACACAAGUCUGCGCUACACAGAAGCGACGAUUCAUUGGCAGGAGUUGUUCUGCAGCCUCUUGGCAUUAUUCCUCUCUAAUCUGACGGGCAUCUACACACAUUGGCCGAAGGAGAAGGCGCAACGAAAGGCGUUCAUCGAGACGCGGCAAUGCAUUGAGGCGCGUUUGCGUACGCAGCGCGAGAAUCAGCAACAGGAACGUCUGCUGCUGUCGGUGUUGCCGCGUCACGUUGCCAUGGAAAUGAAGGACGACAUUGCAGGGCAGCCACGUGAUACGCAGUUUCACAAAAUCUAUAUACAACGACACGAGAAUGUCAGCAUUCUCUUUGCGGAUAUUUGUGGUUUCACCAGUCUCUCUGAUCAAUGCACCGCUGAGGAGUUGGUCCGAUUGCUCAACGAAUUAUUUGCCAGAUUUGAUCGAUUGGCCGCUGAGCAUCAUUGUCUGCGCAUUAAACUUUUGGGCGAUUGUUAUUAUUGUGUCUCUGGACUACCGGAGCCGCGACCGGAUCACGCACACUGUGCCGUAGAAAUGGGCUUGGAUAUGAUUGAUGCAAUAGCGCUUGUUCGCGAAGUGAUGGCUGUCAAUGUAAAUAUGCGUGUCGGCAUCCACACCGGACGUGUACAUUGUGGUGUACUUGGUUUGGUCAAGUGGCAAUUUGAUGUGUGGUCGAAUGAUGUGACACUGGCCAACCACAUGGAAAGCGGCGGCAUACCGGGACGCGUGCACAUCACCAAGGAGACGCUCAAGUGCUUGGAUGGCGAUUACGAAGUGGAAGAGGGCAAAGGUGCGGAGCGCAACACAUAUCUGAAGGAUCAUCAAAUCGAAACUUAUCUCAUAGUGCCAGGUGAUAUUUAUCGACCGCAUAAGAAAUCACGCAACCGACUGCAGGUGAAUGGCAAUAUUUCGAAGGAACUGCGAAUGAUGGGACAUGCUAGCGCACAGAAGAAUACAUCCAAAUUUGGCUUCGGCGACAGCUCGGAGGGAGCCAAGGAUCCGGAAGACGAGGUGAAUGAGUAUCUGAUGCGUGCGAUUGAUGCGCGUAGCAUUGACCAUUUGCGUGCGGAACAUUGUCAGUCGGUGUUGUUGUCCUUCAAGGACGAAGCGCUGGAAAAGAAGUAUGGUUCGGAGCCAGAUCGCAUGUUGGGUGUAUAUUUCUACUGCAGUUUCAUUGUGCUGGUUGCGACGACACUUAUAAGACUUUCCAUAUUCAAACCGAAUUUACUCACAGUCAUCACUUCGUGUGGAACAAUUGUUGUUGUGCUGCUGGUUUCGCUGCUCGUCGCCUCGCAUGUUAUCAAUAUGAAACUACCGAUUGGUGUCAAGAGAUUCUCUUCACGUAUUCAUAGCGAUCGCUUGUUGGCGCAGUGUUUUGCUUUUUUAACCGUUACGCUGAUUGCCCUCACUACCAUAUUGACAAUGGCAUAUGAAAUCUUCUACAAUAUUAAUUUCGAUAUUUCACCAAUGAGUAUCCAAGCCAAUACACCCAUAUUUCUAGGCAAUUCUACAAUGAGAGCAGCUGACGUCAUUGCUUUCGAUACUAAUUUUGAAACGUUUGAGAGAGCAACUAGUCCCGGCAUAGACAACUUUAAAUGUGAUUAUUUUUUAGCUAUAAAUACUUUCUUGCUGCUGACGUUGCUUUCGAUGAUGACUUGCGCCACUUACCAGGUGUUGCGAAUUGUAUUGAAGUUGUUGUUGUUACUGCUUGUUGCUGCCUUUUACACCGGCUUCUCGCUGUAUUUGUAUAUGCGCAGGGAUGUGCUCUUCAUGCUGGACAUGGAAGAGGCUCUGCUGCGCUAUAUAAUUGAUUUCAUUUUCCUGUUUGCAUUUAUGUUGGCGCUGAUUUUUCACAGUCACCAGACAGAGGCCACUUAUCGUCUUGAUUUCAUUUGGAAAUUACAAGCCACUGAGGAGAAAGAGGACAUGGAACAUUUGCAGGCGUACAAUCGCAAGCUGCUGGAGAAUAUAUUGCCUGUGCAUGUGGCGGAACAUUUUUUGAGUCGGGACAAAAAUAUCGACGAUCUCUAUCACGAGCAGUGCGAUAGUGUGUGUAUACUAUUUGCCUCAAUUCCGAAUUUUUCGGAGUUCUACGUGGAGCUCGAGGGCAACAAUGAAGGCGUGGAAUGCUUACGUUUGCUCAACGAGAUUAUCGCCGAUUUCGAUGAACUGCUCAGUGAGGAGCGUUUUCGAUAUAUUGAAAAAAUCAAGAGUACGGGCGCAACAUACAUGGCUGCUUCUGGUUUAACGGCGAACACCUGUGAUCAAGUGAAUUUCGCUCAUAUUACCGCUAUGGCGGAGUAUGCGCUGCAGUUAUUCGACAAAAUCGAGGAGGUUAACACGCACUCAUUCAAUAAUUUCCGCUUGCGAAUUGGUAUCAAUAUCGGUCCCGUCGUUGCCGGUGUUAUUGGCGCUCGUAAACCACAAUACGAUAUAUGGGGUAAUGCUGUUAAUGUGGCAUCGCGCAUGGAUUCCACUGGAUUACCAGAUCAUAUACAGGUGACACAAGAAAUGUAUCAAAUAUUGGUUGGACGUGGCUUUGAGCUCACCUGUCGUGGCAGCGUCAAUGUAAAGGGUAAAGGCUCUAUGAUUACAUAUUUUCUGAAAGGAAAGUCGACGCAAAUACCGGAAGUCACUACGAGAAAUUUCAAUACAGUGACGACACUGAGUGAGACCAAAGCUGAAAGUGUCGAAAACAACAAAAAACUCAUUGACACAACAACUAGUCUACCAAUUACCUCGCCACAGCAAGAGAAAACUGAAACAAGUAACACCGAGCUCGUUGAUAAGAAACCGGAACUGCCACCCACAGUGCAGGAGUCCAACGAAACGAUUGAGCCGCUCAGCGUUAUACAAAGUCAGUCCAACAAGACCAGCACAGACUCUGGCGACGAUCUUUCACCCGACUCGGAGUUGAACUCCUACAUGCAGAGUGCCACGGCGCAGCGUCGCAAGUCACUCUGUCGUCAGCACAACAUAUCAUCUUCCUUCGGCGCUACAACCAGCUCGACGUCAGCACUCACACCCACCAUGUCAAGCAGCUCCAGUGUGGUCACAAUAGCCGUAAUGCCCGCAAUUGCCAAGACUGCUUCCUCGUCCAUGGACAACUCUACGGAGGGUAAUUUGGGGGGCGGCUCCCUAAAUACCGCCACGUCCGCCAACUCGACGAAUGGACGGAGCAAUAGUCAGCCGCGCACAUACGUCGACGAACUUAAAGAAGAAUACAAAGAUGACAGCGACAAGGCGCCGCUCAAGGACUCCAUUGAAAAUCUACAAAUUCUAUUGAAAAACAAUAUAAGUCUGUCGGACCUCAGCAAUAAGCAACAAUUGAAUCUCAGACCCAGCGACUCCAAAAUACAACAACUGAAAAAGGAAACCGUUGUCACAUUCCGUACAGAAACACUUGCCGGCCGACAACGCAAUUCGAUUACAACGAUCGCCACGACAACGCGGCUGCGUAGUUUUGACGAAUGCAUCACUUCUGUUUUGACAACGCCAAUAACAAAAGCAACUGGCACUUCCAAUAAUACUCCGUGGACAAAUGGUAGCGCCCAUAAAAGCGCCGAACACUCAACGGACAAUAAGCAAUCGUUGCAUAAUGGUCCGCAACAGCGUCCACAAGACUGGUCGGGUCGUCAGCGCGUCGACACACAUCGCAGCCCCAUCAGGAGUUCACAGUCGAUGAGCCCCAUCGGUCUCACCGGCAGCGAAGUAUUCGUGCUGCCCAACAGCCGGAGUAUGAUCGUCUUCAGUAGCAGUGGCAGCAGCAGCAGCGACGGCGCCAGUUCCAGCAGUGAGAGCAGCAACACGGCCGCCGACAGCACGAUCGCCUAUAUGCUGCAGGACGUGAGCACUUAAGCCACGGAUAUAAUGCUACCGAGCUGGAGGGUGAUGAAGUGAUAGAAAUAAUAGACCAAGUUGUAAGUUUACUGUUAUUUGCUGUAAAUUUUCCAAAGUUGGCAUUUAAAAUGUAAUUGUUGUCAAUGUUAUUGCUUGAGCUAGUGUACAGAGAAGUGGUUCAAAUACUGUUAAGUAAAAUAAGAAGAAUGCAGUAUGUAUAAUGCUAUUUAAGUUAGUAGUCUAAUUAUCGAUCGUGUAUAUAUAAUGAACAAAGUAAUCAAAUUGCAAAGGGAAAAGUGCAGGUACAUUAGUUGAAUAGGAUGUAAAAUAUACUUACAUGCAUACUUAGUGAUAGGUCAAUGUUCUUCUGCAUUAGUGGUUAGUUAACUAGAGAUCUCUGAAAUACGGUGAAAUACUCUGAAAUGCGCCAUAUAUUGUUAAAGAUUUAUAUUUGUGUAUGUACAUAAAAGCGAACUGGAUGUUACUGUACCUUAGUUUACUUUACUUACUAUGAGUUUCCCUUAUAUUUCCCCUUUUGUUAGCUAAAUAAUCACUUAAGAAAUCGUCUGUGAUUCACAGAUUGGUCUAAUUCAAAACCACCAGACUUGGUGGCACCAAAUCAAGAGAUGACUUCAUUUAUCGAGAGCAAAAUUUGUUUAAUAGUUGCCUAUAUAGUGGAAAGUUAUUCUAUAAUAUAUUGGUUUUCGAUCUCGGUUUUGCUUUCGGUGUUUAUGUUUGUGUCACAAUCAACGAAGUUGUUAAAGACUUGAGUAUACUAUGAAUCUCAUAGUGGUAAGUGACCCAAGUCACGAGUGCGUCGACUAUUUAUUUAAUGCAUCGUUUUACAAAUGUACGAGGUCUGUUCAGAAAAUAACGGGAAUUUUAAAAUUUUGGUGGUUUCAAAAAACAAAAAUUCUCAUUAGUUACUAAAACGAGAUCUUAGUCUUUAUUAGUGACAAGAAAGCUGUUAAUCGGUAUUCACCCAAUUUGUUGUAAUCGCUUUAACGAUACAAAGUUAAAAUGCUAUUACUGAUCUAAAAGUAAACAAUAGUCUUUUUGCAUAUUAGAAAUAUAGAAAUUAGAGAAUAGGUUAUGAGAGACACUGCUUUAUCUAAUACUUUCUUCUAUUCUUGUACAGAAAGUAGUUCGGCGCCGCAGAGCUUUGAAUGAUCCGGUGUUGAAUCGACCAGAAUUGUGUUUUUAUGGCAAUAUUUUUCUCUGUAGGCUUUCAAUUCUUAGUUUAUUAACUUUAUGCAAAGUUAAAGGUUUGAGAGUCCUAAAAAUUAUUAAAUUACGUGAUUCUGAUUUAUGCGCUUUAUUCACAAGGCACCUUUCUUAAUGGUUAAUAAGAGGGUAGUUGAGGUUCCUCAAAGUUAUAGGUACAGCAAAUCGAAAUAUACAUAUAGAGCUAAAUUUGUUUAUUUGACAACAGUUUCUAUGCAAAAUGGCAGUGUCUGUGUUUGUAAAUAUAUACAAUAUGUAUAACUCACAUAUCCCAUAAAAGUUUAUAAUUUUGUUAUCGAAUAAUAUUACCUUAUAUUUUCAUUAAAAGUUAAAAACAAAUUAACUGUAAAUAUUAUAUACUUACAUAUGUAUAUAUAAUAACUUAUAAGCAAAAUGGUUUCAAACCUACUUUGAAUUUGCAAAACAUUAAAACUUAAGCUUUAAACAAUAAAAUAAUCGAAUAAAUCUAUAUAAAAAAAAAAUAUCCAAAAUUGUAAUGGAAUUCAAACAAAAUUUAUUUUUUGAUUAAGUAAUAUCUUGAAUAACAAAUAUUAAUAAAAUUUUUCAAUUAUAUUAUAUCUUUGUGAUUUUGAUACAGUUAAUAUCAUUAUAGCACGCAGGAAACCCAUAUAUCAGUAUUUUAAUGCUUUGAUGCCAAUGAAAGGCUUUCAUUUCUAAAAAAGAGAGUUUUGCAAUAAAACGACAGAUACAUAUAUAUAUAUAUAAAUAUCUAUAAGUAUAGAUCUGUUAAUUUAAGUUAGUCAAUGUUUUGUGAUUCUUGAGUAGUUAAUUGUUUGUUGUUGUUGUUAUUAGAAUGAUUGAAAAUCAUUGUUUCCAAAAAGUAUUAAUAAGCAUUCGGAUACAAAUUGUAUUAAAAGUGAAUUGAAAAUGCAUUAAUAAGUGAGUUUUUUAAAUUAAAAUCCACAUUCAUUAAGUAUUUAAACAGUUAUACUAUAUACUUAUAAUUACGUGUAUGUAUGUGUGUUAAAUAAGUAUAAGCAUUAACUAUUUAAAACUAGCUUUAAAAUAUUUAUGGCAGCUAAGCUCUUUUUAGGCAAAUUUAAGUAAAUAAUAAUAUUGAAAAAAUGCAACUCUGUCAAUUUGCGGCUGUAUACGAAACAUUUACCGUUCAUUUCCACAAGAAACAAACAUAAAUACACCUACUUACAUAAGAACAUAUCUAAGUUUAUAGUAAAAGAGUGCACACACAUACAUACAUGCACGGUUGUGUGUGCAAAUAGAUUUAGUAAAAUUAAAUGUGUACAAAAUAAAUUACAAAUUAUUGUAUAUACUUACAAACAUACAAGUACAUAUGUUAUGCAUAUUAUUCAAUUUUUAUAUACUCGGUUAUUGCAUUUAUUUACAUCAAUAUACACAUACAUACCUGCACCCAAUUUAUUAUAAUGUGAAAAUAGAAAUUCUUUUAUGCAACUAUUCUUCAACGAGUGAUUACAUUGUGCGUCAAAUGAAAGGUUACAUGAAACAAAUACUUCACAAAUACAAUUAGGUAUGUGUAUCUCUGUGUGGAAUUGUUGCAUUGCUGAUUGAUUAUUUAGAAGGCUGUUUGUUUAAUAGAGAUUCAAGAUCCGAAAUAUGCUUGAAAUCUUCUGCUUACGACUUUUACCAACAUCAUGGUCCUACUUGUAAUAAACUCAUAAACUAUUUUAUUUGCAGAGAUACUUUUAACAUAUUUAUUUUAGGCAUAUAGACCAUGAUGGUCCCAUUACAUUUGUGUAAAAGUACACUUUGUCGUCGAAGUUCUUCCCGGAACUUUUCGCGCAAUUCCAAAAAUGACGUAUAAACCGAACUUAGCAAUAAGAAUUUCAGUUAACUCUGAGAUAAUGAAGUGAGUGGGUUCCUGAGCUUUCAAGAUAAUAAAUGUCACACUUUUUUCAAACAACAAUUUUUUCUUUCAUUUCGCAAAUAUAAGAAAAGUUUAAAAUGAGUUUUGUUGGCUUUUUGGAACUGUUUUGAUAUUAUUUUAUUUUAUUUUUUAUUACGAAGUAUGUGCUUAAACCUAAUUUAUAUUAUACCUAUUACUCAUAUUGGUCAAAACACACAAUUUGACACAAAAUAUAGUAUAUGACUUAUAAAAACUUAAUAAAGCCGUUGUCUCAAUUAGUUCUCUUACACCCUUAGCACUUUGUUCCUGGUGUUUAUAUUUUUACCUUUUAUUUGGCUGUCGCACACUGUACUCAUUAUUUAUGCCACUUAUAGCUUUGCGUUGGUUAAAAAUGACUAUUUUAUUUACGAGACCAUAAAUUGAUUUGAUUGAUCAAAUUAAUUGUGAAUUAUGCAAAUUCAAGUCUUAACCGAAAAAACAAAAGUUGUUUAUUAAAAUAAUUUAUGCAAAUAAAUGUAUGUAAAUGUAAUUACUAGUAAUCAGUGUUGUAAAAUACACCAACAACAAAACAAAUCGCUAUCGAAGCAUUAAUGUACAAAAAAGCACCUAAAAUAGAAAAAAUAUGUCUAAAUUACCAAAUGUCUUACUGUGAUUGUAUCUAUGUACCAGUAGUAUAUAUAUAUAAAUAAAGCAUAUACAUAUGUGCACAUGCGUUUAUUUACUAGAAUACGAGUAUAAUAAAAAUUGCCUCGAUGUUAAGUAAAAUAAAUUUAUGCGCAAACACAUGAAGUGAAUUUUCUUUAGAUUUUUUAUUAACCUGCUGAAAGAAGCCAUUGAAAUUAUUUGAAUAAAAUUGGUAUUAUUUAGUACCGGACAAGUUAUCAAUGCUUAUACAAUACAUUUUUCUUACUUUACUGCUUUUCUAAGUUUCACCUAUUCAACCCACUCAGUCGCGUAGAAAAAUAAUUAUACAGAGAGCGCCCCUGCUCUAUUUCACAUCCGUUUCGCACCAGUUCAGAAACAGUUACGAAAUCUGUAGGGCUCAAAACUACAACUCGAAAUACAAAUACAUACACAUCAUAAUGAUGCUGUUUAUCCCGACAAAUUUACAAAGAAACCUUUCAAUUUGUCCGUGCUAGCAGCAACAAGAGGUCUUGGCCCGUGAAUGGUACUGUUUGCAAUGAGGAAAUUCUUCGAUUGAGACCAUUCUUUAUGUAUUCUUAUGUAAAUUUUUUAACAAAAUCACAGAAGUAAACACUGUAAAGUUUUCUUCUGGAAGAUACAUAUGGUGGCUGUAUCAGAUUUCCUGAAACGAUAUGUAAAUUCGAUCACUGGAAAUUACGAUGGCUAAAGCGACGUUUUUUUAUAAAUAAAGCGAGUGUCUGCUGACUUAGAUAUUGCUGAAAUGUCUAUGAGGUGUGACCAGCAGCUAAUGGAAUUUAAUUAGUGUUUUAUAAACUAAUUGAAAUGAAUAGCGGACACUAUGACAUUGCGGCCACACAAUGCCUGAGUUGAGAGGCAAACAUAUCUGUAUUCAUAUGUACGUGCGUAUGUGUAUUUGUAUAUACCAUAUGUAUGUAUGUGCAGUCAAUAAAUGUUUGGUCACUGAGAUUUUCAACUGUAUUAGAGAAUUUCACGCUUUUUCCAUGAUACAUAUUGUACAUAUGUAUGUAUGAAUAUGGUAUGCAUUUGUAUGACUGAACCAAAUAAAUAAAAUACAAUUCCAGCGAGUUUUCCGAAAAAUCUCCUCACGAAUGACUGACAGAUAUUUAGCAUAGCUUAAAUGCUUAGCAAUUAAUAAUCUAAAUUUCAAAACAAUUUGUUGAGGACUCUCAAAGCAAUUAAUUUCGGAUUUGCGCUUUUAAAAAAUAAUUAUUUAUCCCAUAACUUUGUUUUUAUUAUUAAAAAAUAUUUCUAGAUAUUUUUUUUGGAAUUUCAAUAAUUUUUCAUUAAUAUGGCAGACACACAAAUGAAAGUUUGCAAAAACAAAUAUUUCAUAUAAAUUAAUAUUUCAUAGAAUAAUAUUAAUAGUAUAUGUAUGUUAGCUUAUCUGUAUGUAUAUAAUACUGUUAUAUUGGUGUAUAUGUUUAUAUUAUAUAAUUUAAGUGCAGAAUACAAGGAAAAUAUUUAAACUCAUAUAAAAGUUAUCUAUAUUUGUAUCAUUAUAUAAAUAAAUGUCUGUGCAAUAAU